CGGUCAUUACCUAGUUACUUUGCCGACAACCUGGCCGCUGUGAGGUCGAUCUUUCCAAGGGCAGCACGAACAAGGGUCGUCGCUUCGUCGUCCAGAUGCUGAGGAAGAGCGUCCCUGCGGGCCCCUGGCUCUGCGCCCUAGCCCUCGCGUGGGGGGCGUGGUCGGCGGCGGCGGCGGAGGCUCCAGUGGGUGGGGAGCUUAUCGGCGGGCAGGACGAAGGGGGCGUGGCCAGGGGUGUGCUUUUAAACCUCGAUCAAAUCUUCAUCCCGACGGUGGCCAGCGUGUCCGGCGAGUUUGAUGACGGCGAGGCCGACGGCGGGCGCCACGACCUCCCCGACGAGCGCACUGAAGACGCCUCGCCGGGCAUUCUCACCAUCGGCACGGAGAGUCCUUGGGAGGACCUGCUGAGGGGAGACGGAGGCCGCCCGGGGAGUUCGGACGAAGGUGGCGAGGCAGAGGGAGGCCCCGCGGCAGAAGGGUCGGCCUCCUCCCAGUCAAAGGCGGAGGAGGCGGAAGGAGGGGAUGCGGCCGGGGCGAUGGGCGUGCAGGAGAAGCCCUACGGAACGUGGUCGUCGCCCGUCACCAGCGAGAUGGUCACGAAGGCUUACAACAAGAUCGACGAGUCCCCGCAGGUGGACCCUGUCACAGGGAAUGUCUUCUGGAGUGAGUCCUUGAGCAACGAGAACGGAAUCAACGCCGUCUUCCACUUUGAUCCUGAGAGCCGCGCCAUCGUACGGUGGACGUCUCGCGACAUCAACGUCUGGACACGGGUCAACGGGUACGGCGGAGGCGCCUUCACCGUCUACAACCACACUCUCUUCUUCUCCAACUUUGAAGACAACGCCAUCUACAGGCAGGACGGUCCCGAAGGCAUCCCGCAGCAGCUGACCAACACGUCCUAUAGGAGAUAUGCCGAUGGUUCCUACAGCCCGCAGCUGGACGCCCUCUUCCUGGUGGUGGAGGACCACGAGCUGGAACUGAAGGGCGAGGCGACGGAGCCCGAGUGCGGGAUCGUGAUGGUGGACGCCCGCAACGGCACUGAGAGGGUGGUGGUCGCCCACGCCGACUUCUUCGCCUCGCCCAGGGUGUCUCAGGACGGGCGCCUCCUCGUGUGGGUGCAGUGGAAUCACCCGCAGAUGCCCUGGGGAGAAACGCGGAUGUUCGUUGGCGAAAUUAAGUACAGCCUGGGGAAGGUUGCCAUCGCGAAAUACUUCCAGCAUGGCAGCAUGAUGACGCCGUCCUUCGACCAGAACAAUCAGCUGUACUACGUGCACGACUCCACGGGCUGGUGGAACCUCUACCAGGUGACACGCAGGAACUUUGAGCGGAACCUGACGCCGCAGUCCCAGGAGGUCGGAUGGCCCAUGUGGUAUUUCGGCCGCCAAGCUUACGCCGUGAACCCCCGUCUGGGCGCCGACGAAGUGGUUGCCAUUUGCGGACACGACCUGACCGUGGUGGAUCUGGUCUCGCUGGAGCGGAGGGUCCUCAAGACGGGCUACGCGGCCUACACCAUGGGCGUGGCCUACUCGCUCGACGGCUCCAAGGUCUACACCGUGGCUGCGGACAGCCUCCGCGGACCACGUCUGGUGGAGGUGAACGUGUCCUCAGGGGAGGCGACGCCCCUGGGGAGAUGGACCGCCGAGGGGGAGGAGGGCUCUGACCCAGGCCACCCCGUCGUCGACCCCCACUACAUCAGCGUCGCCAGGCAGAUCCAGUUCCCGACGACCCAAGGCGACUUCGCCUACGGGUACCUCUACAUGCCCAAGAACAAGGACUACCGUGCGCCCCCGGGGACGCGCCCCCCCCUGCUCGUGAAAGCCCACGGUGGCCCGACGGCCGCGGCCACCAAGACCUACAGCGCCGCCGUCCAGUUCUUCACCUCCCGCGGCUUCGCCAUCCUCGACGUCGACUACAGGGGCAGCACCGGCUACGGCACGCUCUACAGGACCAAGCUGCACGAGAUGUGGGGCGUGUAUGACGUGGACGACGUGCUGGCGGGCGCGGACUACCUGGUGCAGGAGGGCCUCGUCGACCCGGAGCGCCUCUGCAUCGACGGCGGCUCCGCAGGGGGCUACACGGCGCUCUCGGCGCUCACCAUCACCGGCUCCAAGUUCAAGGCUGGUGAGAGCACGCGCGGAUCGGGGAGCAAAUUUCACUCUAUUACAAAUACUUUCAAAGAAAACUUGGUCAUGUAUCUGAGGGAAUUAUCUGUGCCUUGGCGAAAGAAGGUGAGGAGCAAGCUGUUUCCCAAGCAGCAGGCUUCCCCUCUCCGCGCAGCUGAUGGAGCCAAAGGAACGGCAAAGACCGAUACGGUUUGGCAUCGUUGCCAGAACGAGGCCGCAAGCGACAGUGAACUGGCUUAG